GGCUCACUUUGCGCCAGUCCCGCCAGAACUCCUGGAACUCCGCUUCCCUCGCCCAACCCACGCCACAGUUGCCCACACCUAAGAUGGCGGCGGGGGCGGAGUCGGCGGUGCCGUCUCUGGGCGGGGUCGCGGGGACGAGACGUGUCCGGGAGGCGGUGCCAACGCCCCCGACCCGGCUGCUCCGGCCAGCUGUUGGGUCGGCGCGCCCUUCUCUGCCAGGCGGCGAAGGCGCCCGCUCCACGUAGGCGUCAUGAGGUCGCCGGUUCGGGACCUGGCCCAGAAGGAUGGCGAGGAGAGCACGGAUCGCACACCUCUUCUGCCAGGCGCCCCACAAGCCGAAGCCGCUCCAGUGUGCUGCUCUGCCCGUUACAACUUAGCAAUUUUGGCCUUUUUUGGUUUCUUCAUUGUGUAUGCAUUACGUGUGAAUCUAAGCGUUGCGUUAGUGGAUAUGGUAGAUUCAAAUACAACUUUAGAAGAUAAUAGAACUUCCAAGGCGUGUCCAGAGCAUUCUUCUCCCAUAAAAGUUCAUCAUAACCAAACGGGUAAGAAGUACCAAUGGGAUGCAGAAACUCAAGGAUGGAUUCUUGGUUCUUUUUUUUAUGGCUACAUCAUCACACAGAUUCCUGGAGGAUAUGUUGCCAGCAAAAUAGGGGGGAAACUGCUGCUAGGAUUUGGGAUCCUUGGCACUGCUGUCCUCACCCUGUUCACUCCCAUUGCUGCAGAUUUAGGAGUUGGACCACUCAUUGUACUCAGAGCACUAGAAGGGCUAGGAGAGGGUGUCACAUUUCCAGCCAUGCAUGCCAUGUGGUCUUCUUGGGCUCCCCCUCUUGAAAGAAGCAAGCUUCUUAGCAUUUCGUAUGCAGGAGCACAGCUUGGGACAGUAAUUUCUCUUCCUCUUUCUGGAAUAAUUUGCUACUAUAUGAAUUGGACUUAUGUCUUCUACUUUUUUGGUGCUGUUGGAAUAUUUUGGUUUCUUUUGUGGAUCUGGUUAGUUAGUGACACACCACAAACACACAACAGAAUUUCCCAUUAUGAAAAGGAAUACAUUCUUUCAUCAUUAAAAAAUCAGCUUUCUUCACAGAAGUCAGUGCCGUGGGUACCCAUUUUAAAGUCACUGCCACUCUGGGCUAUUGUAGUUGCACACUUUUCAUACAACUGGACUUUUUAUACUUUAUUGACAUUAUUACCUACUUAUAUGAAGGAGAUCCUAAGGUUUAAUGUUCAAGAGAAUGGGCUUUUAUCUUCAUUGCCUUAUUUGGGCUCUUGGUUGUGUAUGAUCCUGUCUGGUCAAGCUGCUGACAAUUUAAGGGCAAAAUGGAAUUUUUCAACUUUAUGUGUUCGCAGAAUUUUUAGCCUUAUAGGAAUGAUUGGACCUGCCGUAUUCUUGGUAGCUGCUGGCUUCAUUGGCUGUGAUUAUUCUUUAGCCGUUGCUUUCCUAACUAUAUCAACAACACUGGGAGGCUUUUGCUCGUCUGGAUUUAGCAUCAACCAUCUGGAUAUUGCUCCUUCGUAUGCUGGUAUCCUCCUGGGCAUCACAAAUACAUUUGCCACUAUUCCAGGAAUGGUUGGGCCUGUCAUUGCUAAAAGUCUGACCCCUGAGAACACUGUUGGAGAAUGGCAAACCGUGUUCUGUAUUGCUGCUGUUAUUAACAUUUUUGGUGCCAUUUUCUUUACACUAUUUGGCAAAGGUGAAGUACAAAGCUGGGCUCUCAAUGAUCACCAUGGACACAGACACUGAAGGAACCAAUAAAAAAUCCUGCCUCUAUUGAUGUAUUUUUAUUUAUCAGGUAACUUGAAAGUGCCUUCAGUAUUUUAUUGUGUAAGCAUUCUAUGUUUUUUUAAUUGUACUUGUAUUCGAUUUUUAAGACCUAUAAUCAUGAAAUGUCACUAGCUGCCAGACUAAUAAAAUGAACUAUGUUUACUUAUGAAUAAUAUAUAUGCUAGAACUUCUACUUUAGGUUCACAUACCUGCCCGCAAGUUGGGCAACAUGAAGUAGGAGAGUUCUAUUGAUAUUUUAGGGCCAUACUUAAGGGAAUGAGCUGAAACAGACCUCCUAACCUUUGCUUAAUUACACUAGAUGAUAAUUCUCAGGUAUUGAUAAACACCUGUUUUUGUCCACUUUCCUCAUAAAAAUUGUCGGCUCUGACACUUAGAUCUCAAACUUUUACAUCUCUGUGGAGCUGCCAGCUACCGUAUAAUUUGGCCUGGCAACCAUACUGAGGGGAGUGUGCCCCGGCAGCUGCCAAGCACUCCCUCCUUGGCUUCAGUGCCAGAGUGCCCAGCAUUUAUCAGAGGCAGCAUCCAAGCCCAGAGCCCGUGUUCACUCUUCGGCUGGUGCCCUUCCUCCAAGGAGCUAUUAAUGUAUAGAUAAAGCCCUGAGAAGGCAGGAGCAGUGAGAUCCACUGCUGUGGUCUUGAUGCCUCCUCAAACUUUCCCUUCCCCACACAGAGGAAUAUCAGCUGCAUGCAGCCUGCAAAAGAAAAAUCGGAUGUGCAGUCAAUCACAUAUAAGAUCAUCCUGGUUUAAAUCUACUCUCACGUGGACCACAAUGUAAAUGUCUAAGUGCUGUGUUUUGUUGGUUUGUAUUUUGUAGAGACAGGGUCUCACUUUGCUGCCAGGCUGGUUUUGAACUCCCAUUUCAAGCCAUCCUCCUGCCUCGGCCUCACAAAGUGUUGGGACCAUAGGCAUGAGUCACUGUGCCCAGCCUGUUCUGUGGUUUUUAAGCUACACGAGAAUUUUUUUUUUUUAAUUAACUCUCACUGUUUGUUCAGUCUGUCUUCAUCUAAAUUUGCAGUUGCAGUUUAAAGUAAAAGACCACAUCACCUGAGACUAGGGUCAUCAUCUUUACUUCUGGUUCCUGAAAUCAUAUUUUUCCAGUGGACCAUCCUCCAGCGGUUGUGGAUGUUGAACAUGCUUUCAGAGCACCUGUGUGAUUUAAAACUUAGUUUAUGUUUUGUGUUCAACACUACCUGUAAUGUUUUAAUUAAAACUGUUUAAUGUGACUUGAAUAAUUUAUGUAAAUUUAUUUUUAAAUUUGUAAAUAGCUUUAAAUUGCUAUGGCAAUGUUUCUUUUAUGAAUCAUCAAAAUAAACCUUUUUGAAUU